AUGUCAGACGUCGUUACUAUUCCAUAUUAUUCAAACCGAGGCACCAUUCAUUACACACCGUCCAAUCCUAUCUUAGACAACGAACAACUCGCAAGGCUCCCCUCUCCUCCGUGUCGCCCAAGACCGCGAAGGCCGCACUCUGUACAUAUAACCCGUCUACCCGCAGGCUUCAUACCCUUCGACCUUCGCCCUCUACCGUCUCCCGCCGAGGCCAAGAAAGACUCAAGGUUCCGCAUAGAACUCAAAAAGCUGGCUUCUCGAGAGAGUGCAAAGCGUGUGCUUGGGGCGGUGUUCCAUCCGUCCUUCUUCUCCAACUCCGACCCUACUACUACAUCUUCCGCUUCGUCCUCAGCGGCUAGUUCGACGAGAUCUGCAAGUCCAGAGACCUUUUCGUCAACAAGAUCGGCGUCCUUCUCUGCGACAGCGGCAGAACGACCGUCACUUUUAGAGAGGAGGAUUGCGUCGAGAACAAACUUGGGUGUUUCGGACGCCGCGAUGACCAGGCCUGUAGACCACGGGCUAGGCGGGUGGAACGCAAACACUUCACCCCUCAUGCCUCCGAAGAAUGGUUUUGAGAAGGAAAAGCCCAUAUGCUCAGGCAAUGGUGUGUCUUGUUAUAUCUGGCUAGCGGAACCAGUAAUUUAUUUGGCUGGGCUUGAUCAUGACGGAACAACUCGAGAUUCUUCUUCAAAUACCUCCGCCAUACUCCGUGGAAAGUUACAAUUAGUCGUGACCAAGAGUGCCAAAAUCAAGUCCGUAACCCUCAAAUUUACAGGGAAAGCUAGGACGGAGUGGGCUGAAGGCAUACCUCCGGAAAGAACCCAGACGUAUGAAGAAUCCUCGCUGAGAAAUGAACAUCUGCCUUUUUUCAAUGCUGCUUUCGAAGGAUCAGAGACAGGAUAUGGUACGCUGUGUAACUAUUCUUUUCGCGACAAGGGGCCAUCCUCCUCGGUCACCAAUCUAUCGAGCACCACAGAUCUUUCAUUGCCCAAUUCUCAUCUAAGCGGGUUCUCAUUACCACUCGUCGGGCACCCAACCAGGUCGAACAGAAGCAGUAUUAGUACAGUGACACCAAAAGAGCAAAAGAGGCUUUCGUUGCAAAGCAACCAUUCUCGAAGUUUCCAGAAAGGUGACUCGCCAUUUGGACCGACUCCCCAGCAGAAAGGCUUCAAGACAUUUCAUCCUGGCGUCUACGAAUACAGUUUCGAGUUGCCUAUUGAUAACAACAGCCCCGAAACGAUUGAUUUACCGAUGGCAAGAGUUAGAUGGCAGCUUGAGGCGACUGUCGAGCGCGCCGGCACAUUUAAGCCAAACCUCCAAGGAUCAAAGGAUAUUCCAGUCAUUCGCUCGCCAUCAGAGGACUCAUUAGAGCUGGUCGAGCCGAUCUCCAUAAGUAGGAGAUGGGAGGACCAACUACAAUACGAAAUUAUGAUAUCCGGGAAAUCAUUUCCAAUUGGUUCCAAGAUCCCAAUUGCAUUUAAGCUUACACCAUUAGCCAAAGUUCAAGUCCAUAAGAUCAAAGUCUACGUCAGUGAGAACGUCGAAUACUUUACGAAUAACAAAAAAGUUACAAGGAAAGAGAUGACGAGGAAGUUGUUACUGAUAGAAAAGGUUGCCGGAAAGCCAUUGUCUAAGGAGUAUGCAGGAUCAGAUAUCACUAUGAUUGAAGGUGGCGAAGCGCCACCAGAGGUGCGAGCUGCAAGGCGAGAAAGGGUGGCGGCUACCAGAGAAAGGAUUGCCAGGGCCAGGAACGAGGAACCUGUACCACUUCCAGAACAGACAGAGAACCUACUUGGAGAUAUUGACCUGGGAGAAGAAGCAUAUUUCGUGCAGACGGAAAUGGAAAUGAACGUGCAAUUGCCAACAUGCGAAAUGAUGGCAAAGUCUCCGCCAAAAGUGCUGCAUCCAGACUGCACAUGGAAGUGUGCCAGUGUGCACCAUUGGAUCAAGAUUAUCAUGCGUAUAUCACGGCUAGACCAUGACGACCCUACGGGUAAAAAACGCCGACAUUUCGAGAUAUCCAUCGACUCGCCCUUUACGAUUCUUAGCUGCAGAGCAACACCAGGCAAUCUAGCCCUUCCGGAAUAUUCCGGUCGAAAUGCAAAUGCCCAGGAACAACAGCGUACUUGUGGAUGUCCAAAUGCGGCUCCCAGAAACGGCUCACCAAGAUUAUCACCCGUCGCACCUGAUCCUACGUUAGACAAUAUGCCGGCCAACUCUACGAACUCUGUACCAGGGCUAGCAAGACCGCCUCAAGCCCACCUGAACAAUAAUGCAGCGGUUCAACGACCUAUACAUCUGUUGAGACAGCCGAGUUUCAACCCUCCUCCUUUCGAUGCUGAGGAGCCUCCACCUCCAAUCCCCACCCCACCGCCUAUGUAUGAUUCAGUGUUUACACCAAGCACUGAUGCAUUGCAAGAUUAUUUUACCAGGUACGAUAUUUCCCCGCCUACAUUGGAGCCAAGAACUAAUGUGAUUUGCAGAUAUAAUCAUGAAUAUGAAGACAUCGACGACGAAGAUGACCGAGCUUUUAGCCGUGGACGCGUCAAUGUCCCUCAUCCACGAACGCCUGGUGGGAGGAUCGCAAGAUCAAUGGAUAUUGAGCGCGAAUUUAUGCUCAAUUCGAGUUUUGACGCGCUGCGGCUUGCGACGAUUCGGUCUUCGGAAUCUGGCACGGCUAUAUGA